GCAGGCUGUCUGUGUUUUGGCUGUGUGUAUGUGUUUGGAGGGAAGGCAGCAGACGGACGGCUCUGCAGCGCAGUGCCCGUUUCUCUCAGGCUGCCGGACCGCACGCGGAGCCCCACACAUAACGAGAAUCACCGCGAGACUCUCCGCAGCUUCGAGCUGCUGGCGAGCACCAUCUCAAGAGGGGGCAGGACAGAACAGAAGAAGGAAAGGAAGAUGAAAAAUGCCGCGUGAACGCAAAAUCGAUUCGCGUUCAGUCCCCUCCGUCACUUCACCGUCCUGUCGCGCCUCCAUUCAGCGCCGGAGCUGCAAUGAACGUCGCGCCGCGUCGAGCUGAACUGCCGCUCCGCAGAACGAGAGGAAACGACGCGGCUGCUCGCUGAGCUCACUGAGGGUGGGAGGACGGGCUGCGACUGCGACUGCGGCUGGGAGCAGCAGGUUCUCCUCCGCGUGUUUGUGUGUGCGUGUGAGGUGCGUGUGUGGGGAGGGAACGCGGCUGUGGCGUUGCUUAUGUUUAGCCCCGGGCAGCUUUUUUCUCUGCUUUUCGUUCCUAAGCCGCCGCCGGGAUGCAGGUGAAAACGCAGAGGAGCAGCUCUGAAGACGCGCCGCCAGACUGCAUAAAGAAAAAGACUUCGUGCUUCUCCAACAUCAAAAUCUUCCUGGUGGCCGAGUGUGCCCUGAUGCUGGCGCAGGGCACCGUUGGAGCCUACCUGGUCAGUGUCCUGACCACACUGGAGCGGCGCUUUAACCUGCAGAGCGCUGACGUGGGAGUGAUUGCCAGCAGUUUUGAAAUAGGUAACCUAGCUCUCAUCCUGUUCGUCAGCUACUUUGGUGCCCGAGCACACCGGCCGCGCCUGAUUGGCUGUGGGGGCAUCGUCAUGGCACUGGGGGCACUGCUGUCGGCCCUGCCUGAGUUCCUUACCAACCAGUAUGAUUACAAGACCACAGAAGCAUGGCGCAGGGACCUGGGGCGGAAUGUGUGCUCCAACGCCUCACGUGGGGAGAUGGACAGAGAGCAUUGCCUGAACAAAGCCAACACCAACAUGAUGUACCUCCUGCUGAUCGGUGCUCAGGUCCUACUAGGAAUUGGAGCCACGCCCGUGCAGCCUCUGGGUGUGUCCUACAUAGAUGAUCAUGUGAGACGGAAAGACUCCUCGCUCUAUAUUGGUAUACUGUUCUCCACCCUGGUGUUCGGACCUGCCUGUGGCUUUAUCCUUGGUUCCGUCUGCACCAAGUUCUACGUGGAUGCUGUCUUCAUUGAUACAGGCAAGCUGGAAAUCACCCCGGAUGACCCGCAGUGGAUUGGAGCAUGGUGGGGGGGCUUCCUCCUCUGCGGUGCCUUACUCUUCUUCUCCGCCCUCUUCAUGUUCGGCUUCCCCUCCUCACUGUCGGUGCGGCAAGAGGGCGGGACCGAGAGUGAGCAGGCCAUGCUGCCGGCAGCCGUGGCUCAGGGCUUUGCCCGGUCCAAGCCCAGCAAUGGCGUCAUGCGCAACCACCAACCUGCCAUUGGCAACAGUGUAUCCUGUUGCGAUCAGCUACAAGUUAUUCCCAAGGUGACCAAACACCUGCUGUCCAACCCCGUGUUUACCUGUAUCAUCCUGGCCGCCUGCAUGGAAAUUGCCGUGGUGGCCGGCUUUGCUGCCUUCCUGGGGAAGUACUUGGAACAGCAGUUUAAUCUGACCACCACCUCUGCUAAUCAACUUCUGGGUAUGACGGCCAUCCCGUGUGCAUGCUUGGGCAUCUUCAUGGGCGGUUUGUUGGUAAAGAAGCUGAACCUCUCCGCUCUGGGAGCUAUUCGCAUGGCUAUGCUGGUCAACCUGAUCUCCACCGCCUGCUACGUAUCCUUCCUAUUUCUAGGCUGUGACACAGGGCCUGUCGCCGGGGUGACCGUCGCCUAUGGCAACGAAACUCUGCGACCAAACACAAAACCAGAAGCUGCGUGCAUCAGUAACUGUAACUGCUACACAUCAUCUGUUAGCCCUGUGUGCGGCUCCAACGGCGUGACCUACCUGUCGUCCUGUUUCGCUGGCUGUACCAGAUCCUUCAGCACUGGAGUGCCUCCUCCUCUGAUUCAGAACCUGACCGGAUGUGCAUGCAUUUCCGGUGAUGGUGAUGGUGAUUCAGCCAUAGCCGUGCCAGGGAAAUGCCCGAGUCCCGGCUGCCAGGAGGCCUUUCUCACCUUCCUUUGUGUGAUCUGUGCCUGCAGCAUGAUCGGAGCCAUGGCUCAAACACCCUCCGUCAUCAUCCUCAUCAGGACUGUCAGUCCAGAGCUGAAAUCAUAUGCCCUCGGUGUUCUGUUUCUCUUACUCCGGCUGCUCGGAUUCAUCCCUCCGCCUUUGAUCUUCGGUGCAGGGAUUGACUCUACAUGCCUGUUCUGGAGUACGGACUGCGGGUCCAGGGGCGCCUGCAUACUGUACGAUAACGUGGCAUACCGGCACCUGUACGUGAGCCUGGCCAUCGUGCUGAAGGUCAUUGCCUUCCUCCUCUACACCACCACCUGGCAGUGCUUGCGCAGGAACUACAAGAAGUACAUUAAAAAUAACGAGGCCUACGUGACGUCCACUGAAAUCUUCUCCUCCGACAUGAACCUGGACAGUCUGGGCAAGGAUGUGGGCCUGAACCCAGUCAACAGGACAAAGUUUAUAUACAACUUAGAGGACCACGAGUGGUGCGAGAACAUGGAGUCAGUUUUAUAGUGGCCAGAAGAAAGCCACUGCUUGAUGCAUAAAUAUAGUUCUUUUGAAAGCUCACCAAUCUGGUGUUCAUUCUUUUCUUUUUUUCUUGUGGAUAGAACUUUUUUUUUUUGAAAGGGUGACAUGUUUAAGGUCCCUAUGGUCACCAUAGUGGACUGUUGCACUUUUACCCUACAUGCUAAUCGUUCGUUGGGUCCAUGUCGUUCUUAGAAGUCAUAUCAAAGAGGCUGUUCAUCCAGUGCCAGUGAACUAUCUUGUGCUUGUUAGUCAAAGACAUCUACUAUACUCUCCAGCUGCAUCCUCAGCUGCUAACAAGCUGGGCCUAGGCUAACGAUCCAUUAGUGGACAUCUUACAUGGACGCAACUGCGAAAAAUGACCAGCUCUGCGUUUCCCAUUACUUGAAAGGCGUUGAAGUGAAACUGAAGUUCCGUUAAAUCUGUAAUCAAUUGUCCAGUUCACAGUUUCUUCUUAAGGCAAAGAAGACAAAAGAAAAAAAACAACAACUAAGCAGUUAUAUUAGGUGCAUUUUCUGUGUUUAAGGCACGGAUGAGAACAGUCAUCCACUCUUCUUGUCUCGGUGUCUGUUUCGUCUAAGUAGCGGAGAAACUUUCGACUUCAGUAUCCGCACAUAUCGUGUUAACGUUGUGGCCAAGAGACUUCUUUUGCAAUAGAAAUAUGCUCUACAGCUCUAUCAUGAAUUUCAUAUCACUUUUUAUAGCUGCAUUGUACCAAGCCAAUAUCAGUCUUUCUCAAAGCAUUUGUUUGAGCUUCAAUGUUCUUUUGACGGAUGUCUUUUUCCUAGUAGGCGCUGUUGCGCCAGUUGCUUUAUACUGUUACUAUGUUAUUCUGCAUAGUUUAUUAAGCCCAAAAAUGUCUUAAUUGUUUGAGGUAAUUGAAACAGAUAUGUUAUAUAUCUACACUGGUGCAAUAGUUUGAAGGUGUAUUUGAAAAAGCCAGAGUUUGAAAUUAAGUAAUAAUUGUUCAUUAACUUCUAUUUGUUAUUAUUUUUUAUUAGAGCAAACUAUUUUGUUUGAGGAAGAAAAAAAAAAAAUUUAGAGUUUGUUUUCCUUGUCAAUGCGACAAUGUCAGGUUGCCUAGAUGAAUAUAUUAAUGUGUUUAUGAUUACAGGAUUACUGUAGAGUAUAUGAAUAUAUGGAAAAAGAAGAAAGCAUGAGAUGGACAUAAAGGAGAGAAAGCAGAGGCAGGACUUUGUCUUAAAGUGGCAGUGAUUCUGAACCUCUGUUCAUGCAGUCUUGCUCAUUCAAACUAAACGAAAUGACAGCACUACUGUGAGCUGUUCUGUUCACAUUUUGGUCAGGCAGGGCUGUCUAGGGCUCAUCCCUGGGGCCAAAGAAAUCUGACUUCACAGAUAUUGAAGCUAUUUUGGUCAAGAUCUCAUUAUAAGAGGAGACUGUUAGGCAAGACUAAAGGGACUCGAAUUUAUCGGAUUGAAUUUUUGUUUUCAGGCAGAAAGUGAACUCUGUCCUUAUCUAGUUAAUCCAAAUUGAUCUGAGAAAAGCUCAUCUAACAUCAUUUAAGCUUUCCCUCAAAUGGGAGUCAUUUCUUUUGCCAUUUUUAGGACCAAUCAGCAUGAUCCAUUUGACAAUGAGGUGGUUCACUUAAUGGCAUCAACUAACUAAAAAAGAUAGAAGGAUCAGAUAUUGAGCUCUUUCUCAAGGUCUCUGCUGAGAUCCCUACAUACUCAAAUAGUUCACUACUGGGGAAUUUCACUAACUAGGGCAGACCCCAGGCUUUAGAGUGAGCCCCACUUUUAGGACAUUUUUCUAGACAAAAGAGCAAAAAAGAAAUAGAUUCUUUACGAUAUAAAACACGAAAUCAGACUCACUGCAGCUUUUGAGGUCUGUUGCAUCUGCAUGUGGAAAAAAAAGCCAUGGUACGAGGAUUUUUGUUUUUUGCUUGAGAGAUUUUGAUGCCAGAUACUGAUGCAUACAGGUUAUCCCUUUUGAAUGAAACUAGUCAUAUGAUUGAUAUAAAGUGUACAUCAUUGAAAACCUAUGUAAGGCUUAAUAGCACACUCUUUUUGUUUUACUGAUAAAGGUCUCUCUGCAGUAUAAGCAUAAGUAGGAUCCUUUUCAUAUACUUUUUGUAUGGCAGAUAACUUUUAUUUUAUUCUGCAAAUAAAUUAUUUUUUA